GUUUGGCAUCUGACCGGAAAUUGUUUGGAUCUGGAGGUAAACGCUGCCGGGGGAUGCUGCCGUCAUAAACAGGCAGAUGAAAAUACAGAAUAAUCUCACUGAAACGGCCCUGACAGGGACAGUAUUCAGCUUGAACUAGUAUGGAUGUUGAAGACUGCAAUGUCCCGUCUUGCAUUUCAGCUAGUGGAGACUCUUCAAUGGAAAGAGAGUUUUCUGGGGCUCUUGGAGGAGCAACAGUGAGCACCCCAAACAGCAAGGAUACCUCCCCUAGUCGCUCACUCAGUGCCAACUCCAUUAAAGUGGAGCUGUACAGUGAUGAAGACCCAGGCCGCAGUACUGAAGAUGAAAGAGGGGAGCGGCUAGAAGAAGGGGGUCCUGAUCUGGGAUCUGAGGCUGUUGGAGGCUACAGGGAGCUCACCAAUCCUGAAUCCAUGCAAGCUGGAGCCACCAGACUUCCAAAUGGAAAGCUCAAGUGUGACAUCUGUGGAAUGAUCUGCAUUGGCCCUAAUGUUCUCAUGGUGCACAAACGCAGCCAUACAGGUGAGCGACCUUUCCAGUGUAAUCAGUGUGGCGCCUCCUUCACUCAAAAGGGUAACCUACUCCGCCACAUCAAGCUGCACUCAGGGGAGAAGCCCUUUAAAUGCCCCUUCUGCAGCUAUGCCUGUAGAAGAAGAGACGCGCUCACUGGCCACCUUCGCACUCAUGCCGUAUCCUCUCCAACUGUAGGGAAGCCUUAUAAGUGCAGUUAUUGUGGCCGCAGUUACAAGCAGCAGAGCACCCUGGAGGAGCACCGCGAGCGCUGCCACAGCUACUUACAGAGUCUGGAGUCACAGCAGCCCUCCAGUGCGCAUAAUACAGGAGAGGAGAUGAGAGAGCUAGAGUUUAUACCAGACGCUCUACUGAAACCCUCCUCAGACAAGAUGGCAUUUAUCGAUCGUCUUGCCAACAGCAUCACCAAACGCAAGAGAUCCACACCUCAAAAAUGUGUAGGACAGAAGCUCAUACACCUCAACCUUGCAGAUGCACCUUAUGAGCUCGGCACUGGUUUGGAUAAAGACGGGGAGAUGCAUGCGGAGGACUACGAAACCAGACACUUUACUCAUCUGGGAGGAGAAUAUGCAGGUGUAGAAGGUAAUGGAGGAGGAGGGGUGUCGGACACACUGAGGCCUCUACACCUUCCCACCACUCACCCCUCAUGUUUAACAGAACUCAGGCCGCUCCACAGCUCCGUGGCUCUGGGCGCCAGGCUGGACUGCACAGGGACUGGAGCCGGGCUGAGAGCUGCGGGGGUCGGGGGUCGGGAGGCAGCAGAGGGUCACGAAGACCUGCCUGCGGGUCGAAGUCAUGCAGCCUCACCUAGCAACGGUUGCCAUGACUCUACAGACACAGAGAGCAUGCCAGACGAGCCCUGCAACAGUACCGCUCCGGCCCUGCACAGCAACAAUGGCCAUCAUCUCCCUCACUCCAAAAACCACCACCCAGCGCCUCCUCUGGUUCCACAUCGCAGGAGCCGGGACAGUCCCAGCCGCGCCAAAGACCGGGAGGACGGAGCUCUCCCACUUCCUGCCCUCGCUCCAACCCCAAGCUCCCCCACCGCGCCGUCCUCCACCUCUACAGAGGCGUUUCGAGUUGUAGACGGGGAGGGAAGAGCUGUGCGCUCUUUUCGUUGCACGCACUGCCGUGUGCUUUUCCUGGACCAUGUCAUGUUCACCAUCCACAUGGGCUGCCACGGUUUUCGCCAGCCUUUCGAGUGUAACAUCUGUGGACACCGCAGCCAGGACCGCUAUGAAUUUUCUUCACACAUCGUCCGAGGGGAGCACAUUCUUGACUGAGGAUGGUCAGCCUGCUUCAUCUAGAGAUAUUUUUACACUGAGACAAGGACCUGGCUGGGUUUGGUCUGCACACGGGUUAAAGGAGACGCUAAAUACAUGAAACUAGGUGCUGGUACUCAAACGCAUAUCCCAGGAUUAAUGGUCAGCUCAUAUGUGUGUUUUCUAACACUAUAAGCGUGGUCCUUUGUACUUUUAAAUGCACUUUGAUCAAUUAAUCAAUUAAAAAAGCACUUUUAAUUCCUUGUAGAUAAUGAGACAAUGCACUUUUUCAUCCGCAGAUGUGCCUUGCUCCAAAGUUCAGGAUUCAAACCUGAUGCACAAAUUACAAUAUACCAAUCUGGCUUUUGUCCAUAACCUGAAAAGUCCCUUCUUGUGCACUUUAACAGCUCAAUGAGAAGUGAAUAGGCUCACCUACAAUAUCAUCUGUAGAAAGGUCAAUGCCUUGUACUAAAAGCACUUAUUUAUUUAAAUGAUUCCCUUACAAAUGUUAAGUUCUACAGAGUUUUUACAACUUGGGGUUGCCUCAUGAAAUGCUUUUUAUAAUGUAAAAAAGUGCAGACCAAACUCAAAAACCAGGUCCAAGUCGAAUAGAGGAUUUUGAGGGGUUGUCCGUGAAUAAGAAAUGCACUUUUGUUUUUAACAGGGUGGGACAGAUGGAACUGUGUGUGUUUGUGUGUGUGUUUGUGUGUGUGUUUUUGAGAUGGUGAUAUGACAGAACCUGUGUGUUAUGGAAGUUAAUUGAAUGAGUAAGGUAGAAAAGGAAGGCCUUUGUGUGAAUGCCGUGUGGCACAAUGUACGAAAUGUUUGUUUUUCUCUCUUCUAUUACUGCUUUUGUUGCACUGAUACCUGCCAGAAUACUUUAAUUAUAUUAAACUAUUUUAUUGAAUACAUUAAUGACCUGCACAUUUCUCUAAAUGAGAAAAAAAGGUUUUCCCCCCUCUGGGAAAAGAGUACGAGUAUCACUGCCACAAUUGUAGAGAUUACUGAAUAGGUUAGGGUCUUAACAAGCCUUUAACAUUUGCUCUUACAUCAAACUGCACACCAACACAAAUCUAUUUAUAUUUUCUAAUUAUUUUUGAUGUUUUUAUCUUAUUGUAUUGUGCCUUUCUUCACCUUGAUCAUAUCUUGUUGACCAGAAUCAUGUCAGAUCAUUGUUGGUGAUUUUAAAUAACUUAAGUUACAAAAUAAAAUUCCUUAUUCAAGUUUUUCCCGACAAUAGUCCACAUCUUAUAGCUUUGCACAAUAUUUAUAUUCUCCCACUCUUCACUCCCUCACGCUGAUUUUCAUUCAUGUGAAAAAAACAGUUUUACUCAUUUAUCAAAGACUAACGUGCAAGGCUUUUGCUGCUAUGACAUGAAUAAGUGCAGUGGCAGUUUAAUAUGUCCUCACAGGAAAAACGUUUAGAUAUUAGAUUUUCUUUGAACACAUUUUAGUCCACAGUGAAAAGGGUUUUUCUUUCAAAAUGCUGGUUGUGAUCUAUGAUAUAACCUGUAAUAUUGUUAAUAAGGUGCAGAAAUUAAAUGUACGUUAACCCUUAUGUUGUGUUCGGGUCUCCCGUGACCCGUUUCAAGUUAAAGAUGAUAUAAUAACUACGCUCUAGUUUUUUUGAUCGGAACAAGGCUUCAUGAUAUCCUCCACAACAGCUAUAUGAACACUACAAAACUGAUUUGAGCCAAGUCUGAAGGUCUCUAAAAGUGUAUCAUUUGGUGUUCGGGUCUGGGGAGACCCAGCAGCAUUGUUGUGGGUCACUGGGUCAAAUGUUGCCCAAUCAAAAUGAAUCUUUGACUUUAGACACCUCACCCCCUUCAUCCACUGUAAUAAUAAUUGUAUGCAACAUGCACCUGGUCUCCCAUCCCUCUGGCCCCCCUCCCCCCACGGGAACUCCACCUUUCUCAAAGAAUAUGUACACUAACACUUGAACCUAAACUCACACAUGCACGUGGGCAAUAUGUGGUGUAAUGUGUUUUGGGCCAUCAAAUAAAAUUACAACAAGAUUGUACGGUUACGAAUGCAUAAGUAAUAAUUGUUUUUGUGUUUUGGACUGAGAUAAAUCAUGGGUCAAAAUUGACCCGCGAACACCAUGAACGUUAACAGCUUUCGAACACAACACAAGGGUUAAGAAAGAUGUUUCACUUUUAGCUCUUGAUUCUGUUUUGACUGUUUAAAUGGUAAAACAAUAGAGAUAGUGGUCUAGAACUCCUUGUUUAUAUUUCAGAUUCAUCUCCAUGUUCUCAAUCUAAAUAGUCACUCAAAUAACUUUAGGACAAACUGAGACAUAUUUUUCAGAGACCCACUGAUAUCUAGAUUUCUAAAUUUGUAUAUAUUCCCCAAGAGCACCUUUGCAGGUUGAACAAAAUCCUCUGACCACUCAAGGCUUGAAGUGUAUACUUCGGGAUCAUUUCUAGUGUUAUGAAUGAUUCCAUGGAUUUCUCAUAGGAUGACAUGUCUCUUUAUCUUCUAAUCUCAACCAAAGAACCACUUCUUUCUACUUUGAAAAUGACAGUUGCAAAAGGGGGAAAAAAUGCAUCGAGUAGGAAUAAGAAAGAAACGGCAAGGUAAUAUUUCUGUUUGUAUUGCUCCUUUAUUUAAACCUUGUAGAUGUUCCAGGAGGUAUCUCCACUUAGCUUUACAGAAGACAUCUAGAAAAGAUCAUUUGGAGAUUCCUUUUCAAAAUAAAUAAACUAAGUUUACCCUAUAUGUUCUUUUGCUUUAACAAAUUAUGAAGUGGAGUUGUACUUGUUUUGAUUAAUGGUUAGAAAUCUUAUUACACAAUACUGUAUGAGAUUUUAAAGGGAGCGUCAGGUGUUGACACAAAGCCCUGUGGGCUUCUCCCCAUUACAGAAACACAUUUAAAUAGGUGGACAAAUAUUUCACUUCUAAAGUUGUAGUUUUAUUUAAUAUUCAAAUUAACUUGCCUUAAUAUAAAAAUAUAGACUGAGGUCAUGUCAGGAGAGAAGUCUGCAUUAAGUCAAACAUGGCAGUGAAGCUUGAGAUGUAGUUUGCUGCAACCUUACUUAGAAAACCAUUGACAUCACUAAUUUAGAUGGUCAACACCAAAGUGGUCACUGAACUUGACAUCAGUUUUACUUGGACAAGAGCUUAGACCUAUUGACUGGAUCCAACUUCACUGUAUAUUGGGAUUUAGGCCAAGGCUUGUAGUUAAACAAGGCCCAGGUGUAAUUAUUCUGUUGGUGUGUUUUGUUUAGUUGACUUGGCUAUUGUGCCUUAUGUAUUCUUUUGCCCCCUGCUCAUUACAAAAGAUCACAUUGUUUUGCCAUCUUUGACCUGAACAAAGAUAUUUAUUAAAUGCAUUAUGCAUAAGGGUUUUGGGAACGCAGACUACUAGGAGACAAAGAACCAACUAGAAACAAUGUGUGGAACAUUCUGAAUUUUCAGCUGUUUUGUCGACCUCAAGUGUGACUGAUCUUGUACAGAAAUAGCAAACUACUUGGCUAGCUCUCAAA